AUGGGCAGCGGCGGCGAAGGCAGUGACGGCGGCGCCGCGAGCUUUCGGGAGGCUCAUGACUUCAGCAACGUCGCGUCCUUCUCUGAGCUGCCGUUCCUGCGCUCCGCCCCGGCCCGUGAAAGCCCCAACUCCGGCAUCCGCAUCUUCGGCAUCGACGUCCCACAUUCACCGCCGGAGAGAAAGGCUAAAGAGGCCACCGCCACCACGCCCGCUACUACUGCCGCCGCUGCCGCUUCCACCACGCAAAGCAGCAGUGGCGGUACCACCACCGUCGUCACAGCUGCCACCGACAGCAGCCGCAAGUUCGAGUGCCACUACUGCUGCAGGAACUUCCCGACGUCGCAGGCGCUCGGAGGCCACCAGAACGCGCAUAAACGCGAGCGGCAGCACGCGAAGCGGGUGCAGAUGCAGUCCGCAAUGGCCGCUGCGGCGGCGGCUGCUGGCGGCGCGCACCACCACCACCUCCUCGGCUACCCGCAGCAUCGCUUCGGCGUGGCAGGCCCCACUGUGGCGACAUUGUACCCCUCGUGGCCAACAAUGAGGGCUCCAGGCGCCGCUGCGGCCGGUGCCGUCGCCAUCGGCCCGCAGUUCUACAGCGGGAUCGGGUCGAUCACCCAGCCGAUCAAUGGGAACCCCCUGACCACUGGGCUCUGGAGGGGGCCGCCUGCUGGGCACGGGAACACGAGCGUGCCGCCGGGUGGAGACCGGCGGCCAGUUGCGCUCUCGUCGUCCGUGUUCCGCGGAGACGAUCCGAGGGCCUCAACUUCUCUUUUGGCGUCGCCCUCCUCUUCUUCCUCUUUGCUGCAAUCUCCACAAGGUCAGUUUGUUUGUGAGCAGCCAGCGACCACUGCAGCCGAGGGUGUGAGCUUAGAUUUGCAUCUAUAA